CUAGUGGAAGUGUGAAGAGAGAAAAAUAAGAGAAACGGGGAAGGUAAAGGAAAGAGAGAUGGCAGGAAACGAGUGGCUAAAUGGGUAUUUGGAGGCUAUAUUGGAUGCUGGGAGCAGCAAUAAAGGUGGAAGAGAAGGAGUUAGCAGCAAAGUUAUAAGUAGAAGGAAAAAUAUUAAAGCAGGGGAAGCAGAGAGUGGUUGGUUAAGUCCUUCAGCUUCUUCUUUAUCUUUUUGGGAUUCAGAUGGGAAAGAAGACAAAGCUACUGGAGUUGUUUUUAGUCCCACCAAGUAUUUUGUGGAAGAAGUUAUUAACAGUUUCGACGAGUCUGAUCUCUACCGCACCUGGAUUAAGGUAAUAGCGACAAGGAACACACGUGAACGUAAUAACAGGCUUGAGAAUAUGUGCUGGAGAAUAUGGCAUCUUGCUCGCCGAAAGAAACAGAUUGCAUGGGAUGAUGCACAAAAACUUGCGAAGCGACGGCUUGAACGGGAGCAAGGUCAGAAGGAUGCUGCCGAUGAUCUAUCAGAGCUUUCAGAAGGUGAUAAGGAGAAAGGGGAUGCUGAUCAGGCCGAGCCAGUCAAGGAGAAAAUUUUCCGGAUCAAUUCGGAGAUGCAGAUUUGGCCUGAAGAUGAUGAUAAAUCGAGGCGUUUAUAUAUCGUCUUGAUCAGCAUGCACGGGUUGGUGCGUGGAGAUAACAUGGAAUUAGGAAGAGAUUCAGACACUGGAGGGCAGGUGAAGUAUGUGGUUGAACUAGCAAGAGCUCUAGCCAACACGAAAGGCAUAUACCGUGUUGAUCUCUUGACUCGUCAAAUCUCCUCCCCAGAUGUUGAUUCUAGUUACGGCGAGCCUAUUGAGAUGUUGUCAUCCCCAUCGGAUGCAGAUGGUCAAAUUGAAGGUGAGAGUCGUGGAGCCUACAUAAUCCGGAUCCCUUGCGGACUUCGUGAGAGGUACAUACCAAAAGAGUCACUUUGGCCUUACAUUCCUGAGUUUGUAGAUGGUGCAUUAAGCCACAUUGUCAACAUGUCAAGGGCCCUAGGGGACCAAGUUGAAGGGGGAAAGCCGAUGUGGCCUUACGUGAUUCACGGUCACUAUGCCGAUGCCGGAGAGGCGGCGGCCUACUUGUCUGGUACCUUAAAUGUUCCGAUGGUAAUGACCGGUCACUCGUUAGGCCGUAACAAGUUCGAGCAGCUACUCAAACAAGGAAGGUUGUCUAGGGAGGACAUAAAUUCAACUUACAAGAUAAUGAGAAGGAUUGAGGGUGAGGAGUUAGGGCUGGAUGCUGCUGAAAUGGUGGUGACCAGCACAAGACAAGAGAUAGAAGAGCAAUGGGGCCUAUAUGAUGGAUUUGAUGUAAGGUUGGAGAGGAAGCUCAGAGUGAGAAGGAGAAGAGGAGUCAGUUGCCUUGGUCGCUAUAUGCCUAGGAUGGUGGUUAUACCACCAGGGAUGGAUUUCAGCAAUGUUAAGCAAGCAUCAUUCGACGCCGAUGGUGAUCUCUCAUCGAUCAUUGGCUCCGACAGAGCUCAAAACAAAAGACAAGUACCACCAAUAUGGUCUGAGAUAAUGAGGUUUUUUACAAAUCCUCACAAGCCAAUGAUACUGGCAUUGUCUCGUCCUGACCCAAAGAAAAAUGUCACCACUCUGUUGAAGGCCUUUGGAGAGUGUCAACCCUUACAAGAGCUAGCAAACUUGACUCUAAUACUUGGAAACAGAGAUGACAUAGAAGAGAUGCCAAAUAGCAGCUCAGUGGUUCUUACUACAGUUCUCAAGCUUAUUGACAAGUAUGAUUUGUAUGGUCAGGUGGCCUUUCCCAAGCAUCACAAGCAGUCUGAUGUCCCUGAAAUAUAUCGUUUGGUUGUCAAAACUAAGGGAGUUUUCAUCAAUCCAGCUCUAGUUGAACCCUUUGGGCUCACUUUAAUUGAGGCAGCAGCCUAUGGGCUCCCAGUUGUUGCUACUAAAAAUGGAGGGCCUGUGGAUAUCAUCAAGGCACUGAACAAUGGCCUUCUUGUAGACCCUCAUGAUCAGAAGGCCAUCUCCGAUGCCCUCCUGAAGCUUGUCGCCGACAAGACCCUCUGGCUAGAGUGCCGUAAGAAUGGGCUCAAGAACAUCCAUCGCUUCUCAUGGCCAGAGCAUUGUCGAAACUACCUCUCCCAUGUUGAGCAUUGCCGGAUUCGCCACCCCACUACCCGUCUUGAGCUCAUUCCCAAUGUUGUUGAAGAGCCCAUGAGUGACUCCCUUAAGGAUAUUGAUCUCUCCUUGAAAUUCUCCAUUGAUGGUGGUGAUGUCAAGCUCAAUGGAGAACUUGAUCCAGCCACCAGACAGAAGGAGCUUAUUGAAGCCUUAACCCGCCGCCGUCAGAGAAGUGAGUAUCCGGUAGCAUCCACCAAUGGCAAUGUCAAUGUUAGUUAUGGCCCAGGUAGAAGGCAAAGGCUCUUUGUAAUUGCCAUGGACUGUUAUGAUAGUAAUGGGGGUAUAACAAGCUCCUUACAAAUGAUCAUCAAGAACAUAAUAAUGGAAGCAACGGCUGGCUCCGGUCGAACCGGGUUUGUGUUAUUAACCGGUUCGACAUUGACUGAGAUAAUAGAUGUAUUGAAAUCUUGCCAAGUGGAGCCAAGUUAUUUUGAUGCAUUGAUUUGCAAUAGUGGGAGUGAGAUGUACUACCCCUGGAGAGACUUGGUUGCUGAUGUGGACUACUCAGCCCAUAUGGAAUACAGGUGGCCUGGUGAUAAUGUGAAGUCAACAGUGAUGAGGUUUGCCAGGGUGGAAGGUGGGGCCGAGAAUGAUGUGGCAGAGUACGUGGAGGCAUGCACAUCUAGAUGCCACACUUAUCUGAUGAAACAAGGAGCCAAGACUAGAAGAAUAGAUCAAUUACAGCAGAAGCUACGGAUGCGAGGAUUCCGAUGCAACCUCGUCUACACGCAUGCUUCAAGACGAUUGAAUGUAGUUCCACUCUUCGCGUCAAGAGCAAUGGCAUUAAGGUAUCUUUCCAUAAGAUGGGGCAUUGAUCUCUCCAAAAUGGUGGUGUUUGUGGGUGAUAAAGGGGAUACAGAUUAUGAAAACUUGCUUGUUGGCCUCCACAAAACCGUAAUUCUAAAAGGCACUGUGGAGCAGGGAAGUGAGAGCUUCCUGCAUGGUGAGGAUAGCUAUAAACGAGAAGAUGUCGUCCCAGAAGCUAGCCCUAACAUCAUCUCCGUGGAUGAAGGUUGUGAUGCCCAUUACAUCUCAAUUGCCCUAGAAAAUCUUGGGAUCAAGUGAGAUUUUUCUUCCACAUUAUAUAUCUCAUGUAGUUUUUUGAUACAUAAAAGUGCAAAGGAAGUGUAUAUAUAUAUAUAUAUAAAACAUGGCACAAUAUUGAAAAUACUGAUAAAGCUAAAGCAUAAAACCACAAGGAACAUUCAAUUGGUGCA